CAACUUCGAAUAUGUACCAGAGAAUGAUAUUGAAGAUAUUGAAAGUAUGGGGUUAGUGAGUGAAAGCCUUAUAUCAGAUGAAAUUGAAACAGAAAGUAUUAUUGAUAAUACAUUAGACUUUGAUAUAGAGAUUAAUAAUUUUCAUUUUGAUAAAGAUAGCUUUGAAAGAGCACGAAUUUUAGCAGAAGCAGAAGAAACGAAUGAUUUAAUUCUUUUAAAUAAUAUAGACAAUGAUGAUCUUAAUAUAGAUGACAAUGAUAUAUUAACAUUGUCAGAGUUUGAUUCAGUGUCAUCUAUAUCUGAAACAUUUCUUAAUGCAAAAACUUCCACAAAAUCCAUAGAUCCUCCUAGUUCUUUUUUUGUUAAAACUGCUUUAAGAUUAUGGCAUGUUAAUUUGGCAAAGAUUAUUGAACAAAAAUAUACUAUUACUAAUGAAACCACUACAGAUUUAGGAAGAGCUCUAGGUGUUGCAACAUGGAGUACAUGA